AUGGCGUUCAUUGAGCCUGCAAUUAGGUUCCAAGAUGUUAAAAGUAUAAAUUUAAUAAAUUCAAUAACUUGUGGAUAUCCCUUCCGUGUAUUUGUUUUCCAAACUCUUCGUAUAAAUGUUCUAUUCCACAGUAAAAUCGCAAAUGAAUCAAAAAACAGAGGCUUCGGUUAUUUAUCAACAUCGAAUAGUUUUAAACGAAUAGUAUUCGCGUACAGAUCAGUCACUUUAAAGAAGAAAGGAAAACUAAUAAAUCAUAUUAUCAUGAAGAUUACUCCCGAAACAGCAUUAAAGUUUACAAAGAGAAGUAUUGCUUUGAUGUCAUCGUGUAUAGUAAUCGCUGCUAUACAAGUGACUCUAAAACUUUUGGUUGGUAGACUGCAACGUCCGAAUUAUCAGAUGAUAAUAGAGGAAAUGGAAAGUAUUAUUAAACAAGCCUCACCAUACGAAAGAGAUGUAUUAGAAAAAUAUAUUAAAAAAGCUAUGAUACUGCACUUAUCCAUGACUUUUGGAACUUAUGCAAUCAGUGCGAAUAUCGUGUUAGGACCAUUAUUUCUACCACAGCGCUUACCAACUUAUGCCGUAUAUCCUUUCGAUGUAGAUAAACAUCCCGCAUACGAAUUUGCUUAUUUUCACCAUGUAUAUACUGGAGUCCAAUGUGCUGCAGGUCAAUCGAUUGAUAACUUUGUCGCAGUUCUAAUAUGGUUCACUAGUGCAAGAUUUGAAAUAUUGGAAAAUGAAAUAGCUAAUAUCGUCGACGAAUCUGAUUUUAAACGAUGUAUAUUGAAACAUAUUAAUUUACUCAGUUACGCAGAAAAGGUAAUAAAAACUGUGCGUAUUGUGAUCUUUUUGACUGUUGGUAUUACGACCAUAUUAAUAGUGUUUAGUGGACUCUUAUUCGUGUUUACAGAUUCCGCGGCUGUAAAAGCACAAUUCCUCAUACUGGAUAUUCUCACAAUUAUUCAAAUGUUCGUAAACUCAUAUCCGGCUGAAAAUUUAAUACAAAAGAGUAAUGCGAUUGGAAAGGCAAUAUAUAACUUGAAUUGGAUGGAUAACUCACGAAAAAUGUGGCAAGAUGUUUGUAUUAUAAUCGAAAGAUCUCAAAAACCAGUUAUAAUCAGUAUUCCUGGAUUUUUACCUGCAUUUUCUCUAUCUUAUUACAUGUCGUACCUAUCUUCGGCCUUUUCAUACUUCACAACAUUAAGAGCUGUUAUGCAGUUAAACAAUUAAUUAAUUUUAAUAUUCAUGUAACUCUAUUUAUUUAGACGUUAUUGCACUGUAGUUAUUUAAAAUUAAAUAUGAAUAUUAACAUUCUUAUUAAUAUUGUUUUAUUCUAUUAGAUUUGAAAUUCCUGUACCACAAAUUUCGAAAAAAUAAAAUGAAAUAAAGUUUUCUGUGCGUUUCAAUUUUAAAUCGAUAGUAUAUGAGAGUACAUAUAUAUAUAACAUUGAUAAGAACGUCCUAUUGUUUAAAUAUCGAUUAAUUAUACUUUACGUUUAUCGGGAUAAAAUUUUUUAAGUAUUAAAAUUUUGAAUUAAAAUUAUUAUAAGUUUCCCGCGCAUUACGAGCUUUGUAAUGUUUAAGGGAAUAUAUUAUCAUUUAAAUAUUACUUUAUUCUACACAGUGUACUUUAAAGAUUGUUUAAAUAAUUGAAAAAUUAUCGAAAGUAUUAAUUUAUAAGUUUUCACGUUUAAAAUGAUAAAUUAUCAAUAUGAGCAUAUUUUUCAAAUCUUCCAAUGAUACAAAUAGGUUAAAUCUUUUCAACCAAUCAAUAGCCGACGAACAUUUCGAUUAUCGAUCGAUAUGCAUCGAUUUACGAUUAUAAAGUGAUCGAACGGUUACAAUUUUAAUAUUUAAUUACAAUUUU